AACACGAAACACAAGAAAAAGGAAAAUGAAAAAACUGCAGAAAACGAAUCGCCACCAUAAUGUUUAGGUUAGUUUCGGCAUAUUAAAACAAAAAUCGUUUCAAUCAAUAUAACAAACCCUCCUUUUCCUCUUCUUCUUCCCCUUCUCUCUCUCUAGAAUUCCCCCCCUCUCUCUCUCUUCAACCAACUCAACCAAACCCCAUCAAUCAAAAUCAAAUCUUCAAUUUCUCAAUCCAUAUCUUUUUACUAUUUUCAAAAAAAAAAAACCCUAAUCGUUUUCAUUAAUUUUCCACCCAUUAAUUUGGGGGUUUCUAUUUUGGUAUUUGAUAAAUACAAGUACCCAUUCUAUUAUUCUAUGGCCAAAGGAACGGAUUCGAACGAGUUUAUGGUUCAUUCUAGGGUUCGAACGGGUCUUAAGAGAGAGUUUGCAUUUGCAAUGAAGGCUCAAUCUGAGAUCGACGGUUCAUUAGGUCGAACCCGUGGUGGUAGUAAGAACCGGAAUGAGCCGCCGGUUCGGGUUUCUCCGGUUGGGAAAAGGGCGAAGAAAACCGGUCCAGGGAAGGUUGUUGAGGAUGUUGGGGGUGGUGGGUUGAGUGAGGAAGAGGCUAAGAGUGAUGUGGUGGAUCUUGGGAGCGAUGAUGAACCUAAGAAUCUGGAAUCUGUUUUUGAAACUGUGAUUGAUGAAAAAACCGUGUUGGGUGAGGCAUUGAAGGAAGAUAAAGCUAUGCAUGAAAUGGAAAUUGAAAUAGAAAGUGUAAAACCUAAUGUUUCUGAAACCCUUGAAACCCUUGAGGAACCCAAAGAGGAAGAAUGUAAUCUUGAUGUUAAGGGUGGUAAUGUUAAGAAAAAGAAGGUGGCGUUGGAGAAACCGGUGAGAAGGUUUACGAGAUCAGCAUUGAAAGAGAAAGAUGAGGAAACUAAGGUUUUGGAUAAUGUUGAUGUUGGAAUUGAUGAUGUUGAUGUUGAAAAGGAAGAAACUGAGGUUUUACCCAUUAUGGCGACUCCGACGCCGAGGAAAUUGAAUAAAUCUUCUAAGAGGUUUCCUAUUAAGCUAAAAGAUCUUUUGGCUACGGGGAUACUUGAUGGGUUGAAGGUGAAAUAUAUCAAGGGACAGAAGGCUCGAAAACCUGGAGAAAACGAUUUUCGAGGAGUGAUUAAAGAUGCUGGGGUUUUGUGCUUUUGUGGUAGUUGUAAGGGGGUUCAGGUUGUCACGCCGACAGUUUUUGAGUUGCAUGCUGGUAGUGCUAAUAAACGUCCCCCCGAGUAUACUUACCUUGAGAAUGGGAAAAACCUUCGAGAAGUCAUGAAUGCCUGUUCAAGUGUUUCGUUGGAGAUGUUGGAUGAUGCUGUCCAAAUGGUCCUUGGUGAUUUCAUUAUGCAGAAAUCUACUAUCUGUUUCAACUGCCGAGAGGUAAUUUCUGAAUCUAGUAGUGGUGUGUCAAAACUAGUAUGCCAUUCAUGCAUGGAGUUGAAAGAUACUCAAGUUAACCGUCAAUCAGCAACAACACGCAGUAAAAAUAUUUCCUCAGUAGUUCAACCCAGUUCACCAGAAACAGCAGCAGUUUCAGAACCAUUAAAAACUGAGGAGGCGGUUCCAAAGUCAUUAAACACUGAGAUAGUGGUUCCUAACUCAUCAAACACUGAUACGGUGGUUCCCAACUCAUUAGACACCGAGAUGGUAGUUUCAGGGUCAUCAAACACACAGACUAUUCCAAAGGCAUCAAACACUGGCAUGAAGCAGAGUGCAUCUCGUGGCAAGAGUCGGGGAAAAAUAACUAGAAAGGAUCUGCGGUUGCAUAAGUUGGUAUUUGAAGAUGACGUGUUACCGGAUGGAACUGAAGUGGGUUACUACUCUCAUGGAAAGAAACUAUUGGUCGGUUACAAGAAGGGAUAUGGAAUUUUUUGUACCUGUUGCAAUGCGGAAGUUAGUGCAUCUCAGUUUGAAGCACAUGCUGGAUGGUCAUCUCGACGCAAGCCUUACCUGCACAUAUAUACCUCUAAUGGAGUCUCACUACAUGAGUUGUCCCUCUCUCUAUCGAAAGAUCGUAGAUUUUCUGCCAGUGAUAAUGAUGACCUUUGCAGCAUAUGUCAAGAUGGAGGGGAUCUUUUGUGUUGUGAUGGAUGCCCAAGGGCUUUUCACAUAGAUUGUGUACCCCUGCCAUGUAUUCCUAGUGGUACUUGGUAUUGUAAAUACUGCCAGAAUAAUUUCCUGAAAGAGAGUAAUGUGGAGCGCAACGUGAAUGCUCUGGCAGCCGGAAGGAUUGCAGGCAUCGAUCCUUUAGAGCAGAUUAACAGAAGAUGCAUUCGAAUUGUCAAAAGUGUAGCUGUUGACCACGGAGGAUGUGCCCUGUGUGGAUGUCAUGAUUUUGUUAAAUUAUUUGGUCCUCGGACAGUGAUUAUUUGUGAUCAGUGUGAAAAGGAAUAUCAUGUUGGGUGUUUGAAGGAGCAUAACAUGCAGAACCUAGAGGAAUUGCCAGAAGGGAAUUGGUUUUGUAGCACAGGUUGCAGUCAAAUUCAUUCUUCUCUAGUGAAUUUGGUUGCUUCUGGGGAGAAUUAUCUCCCUGAUUCUAGUCUAAGUUUGAUUAAAAAGAAGUGUAAAGAGAAAGGUGUAGACACUGACGUCGAAAAGAAAGAUGCAGACAUUAGCGUUGUAGAUAAAGGUGUAGACGCUGGCGUUGUUGAUAUAGGUGCGGACGCUGGCGUUGAAGGGAAAGGUGCUGACAGUGGUGCUGACAAAGAAGGUGCAGAUGGUGGCGAAGAAGAGAAAGAUGCAGUCACUGGCGUAGAAGAGAAAGGUGUCGACACUGUUGUUGAAGAGAAAGGAGGUUUGGACUCUAUUGUUAAAGAGAAAGGUGUAGACACUGGCGUUGAAGAGAAAUGUUUAGACACUGAUGUUGGUCCUGAAAUUAAAUGGAGGGUUCUGAAUUGGAAAUUAGUUGUAUCUGAUGAAAAUAAGCAAUUGUCUAAUGAAUAUAGGCAAGUGCUUUCAAAGGCUGUUUCCAUCUUCCAUGAGAGGUUUGAUCCUAUAGUUGAUUCUUCUUCUGGCCGCGAUUUCAUUCCCACAAUGCUGUUUGGAAAGAACAUCCGCGGACAAGAUUUUGGCGGAAUGUACUGUGCAGUGCUCACUGUCAACCAAGUUGUUGUUUCUGCUGGAGUAUUUCGUGUUUUUGGGCCAGAAGUCGCAGAACUUCCCUUGGUGGCAACAGUUGCUGAGUACCAAGGACAGGGGUACUUUCAAUGCCUAUUCUCUUGCAUUGAGAGACUACUUGGAUCUCUUAGCGUGAAAAAACUUGUCCUACCGGCUGCUGAUGAAGCUGAAUCAAUAUGGACUAACAAAUUUGGGUUUACAAAGCUCGAGCAUGACGAGAUUAACAAUUACAAGAGAUUUUAUCAUAUGAUGAUCUUUCAAGGGACCUCAGUACUACAAAAGCCUGUUCCUGGACUACCAAGUGCUUCUCAGGAGAUUGUGUAAAGUUUAUAUGCAGUGGCUUUAGUUUUUGGGUUUGUUUUGGUGGGGUGCAGAGCACACUUGUUCAGUAUGUACAGAGUGAUCUGCCAUUUUGGUGUACAGAAAAACAAAACUACUUGCUGAUGCAAUUUUUUGUAGCAAAGAAAUGAAAUGAGAAUUAGAAUUGAAAA